AUGUCGGGUAAUUACGAUUAUCCACCGGCUUCCAACUCUACAUCUCGCAGCUCGACCUCAGAAAGACCACCGGAAACUCAACAGACACGACUCCAAAACUUACGUGAAUUGAUCCUACACAACUCAGAUCGCCGUCGUGCACGACCAAGAAGCGAAACAGCUCGUGCUCUUGAGGCUCUCGACGAAAUCGAACAACUACAACUACAAACCGCCCAACGGAGACUGAUCUAUGAACGAGCCCGAGCCGCUGUACACAGACAGCUACAGCAGUAUUCAUCCGAGGCGUCCCAUACCGGCGCAGAAAACGCCCGACCAUUAGGUCUAUAUCGGGAACGGAGAAGGUUUCCCAUCACUAACAGCCUUGACACCAGCAUGAACCAGGAGCCAGGAUCGUCGACACCCGGCAACAGGCCAGGGCGUCGUCGUCUGAGGCCCAGCGAGACAGCUUUAAGAUUGAUGGCAAACAGAGCAAACAGGGCUAAUACAUUGGACAAUGGCAACGGCCCCGGUUCCCAACAACUACGAGAACCCACUUCGAGGAUGCCCGCCCCCAGCGACGACUGGUGGGAUCGUGUUGCUGCUGAGUUCAGUACGCCACUUUCAGGAGACGCAACACCUGCAACAGCGUCUGCCAUGAGCGAACGCUUUGACCGUUUGUUUGCUGAACUCGGACUUCCAGCUACAGACCGAUCCGUACCUAUGACGAUGGGUGCGAUUGUCGAAGAUUUUGAUCGUUUGGCUGCUUCUUUUGGAGUGCCUAGUGUAGCAGGGGCUGCACCUCGGUUUCCUACCCCUACCGAUUUAGAAGGCUCUCCACGUCAUCCUGAUCUUGACUCACCUGGCUCCAGGUGGCGAUCAAAGAGAUGCAAGCUGGAUUCUGAUGACAAAAGAGAAGGACUCACGGGAUUCAGUUAUGGACAUUAUGGCCAGGUCGUACCUGGGUUGUUAAAGAUGGAAAUUAAUAGCUGUGACGGCGGGAACUACUAUGAUGAAGACAAUGGCGAAAGCUCGUGGCCAGGAAAUGUUCUGCUUGACGACACUUCGGUUUACUGCACAAAGAAGAGUCGGUGUAAUAUAGUUUUAAAUCAUCGUGGUGAAACACCAUUUUCACUCAAGAAGAUUGUGAUUCGCGCACCGAAGAAAGGGUUCGAUGCUGCAAUACAAGAAGGCAUGAUCUUUGUUUCGAUGUCGUCCGACGAACUUCUGGAACGGACGGCUCAGUAUCAAAUCCACUAUCCGACACGGAGCCGGCGCUGUCAUGAAUCCAGACGACUCUACGGCAACCCAUCCAGGGGGUACUUGAACACGUAUCGUUCUCGAAACCAAGGCACUGAGACGGUCGGCGCUGGGGUUUCUACCGGAGAUAUCGACGCACAGGCAAAUGACUCGACAUGGUCUCGUCGCUCACUCUUCAAUCCUACAUAUGCAGAACCUCAGCUGAGAGUCACUACCGAGCACGACGGCAUCCCGGACGGUAGACCACAUGACGAUGACGAAUUCCCAUCAGGCAACGACAUUUAUCAUUUGGAUAGCGGAGAAGACAGCGAGUUAUUCUGUCCCGUAGAUGAAGACGACAGCGACGGCGGCGAUACGGUCGAAUUCAAUAGCCGCGGUCGUCUCGACUCGCGACGCCGUGAUCGUGGCCCUCCCAACAGUCUCUACAGUCUCGGAAGCAAUCACCGCCUCGAUUCUCCAAGUCUAAUCGAACCAGCCCGCUCUUCAGGUGCAGCUACAAUCGGCGUGGGAGGAGACAUGAAUGGGAUAUCUAACAUCAUGAAACCACAUGCACGGUUCUUCAUUGAACGGGAAAAAAGCAUGGUUUGCAUCAAUUUCGAUCCACCUGUGUCCGGUCGAUAUAUCCUAAUCAAAUUGUGGAGUCCGUAUAGUGGUGGAAAUAUUGAUAUUGAGAGUAUCAUGGUCCACGGAUUCGCGGGUACUCGCUAUUUUCCUGCUCUUGAUACGCGGUGA